UGCAGUUGUAACCUGAAAAAAGUCAUAAAUUUGACUUUUUGGAAAAUAUGUUUGUCAUUUACAAUGCAAUCUUGCAAUGCAUGUGUUGUAAUUUGUAUUAGCUGAAGUGUCACAUGUUCAAAUAAUUGUGUUAGUAUAAAAAUCAAGAAUUGGAAUUAUUCGACUCAGAUCAGGAAAAGUUUUUUCUUUGGUUUUUAGUGUCCAGUGUUUAAGUGUGCCUCGAAGGCAAUGGCAGAUCUUGGCAAGUCCACAAUCAUCAAACUAAUUGCGUUAAUUAAUGCUAUUGUCCUAUAUGUAUUGCUCAUAUUAUUCCACUCCUACAUCCCUACAGCAUAUGAACGGCUGCUUAUUUGCGCCAUAUUUGCUGGAUUCAUGGUUUUGUACAUUGCACUUGUGCUUGGUAUAAUCAUAGGAAAACCAGUCGACAAGGAUCUCAUUGGCGUAUGGACAUUCUAUGCUACAUGUGCCUAUUUCGCUUGCGGGGUCAUAUUGAUUGUUAGAUUUCACCAUUCUAACCAUGAAAUGGGCCUGGUAGAUGGCAUACUCUCUCUAUUGAUGGCAGUAAUCACGUUCUUGGAUUGUUAUUUCACUAUAAAAAACUGAAAGCAAAGAUCCAAAAGAAAAAGAAAAAACAAAGGGAAAAUUUCUGGUCACGUUUAACCACUGUGUUAAUUUAAAGGCUAUAAAACAUUUUAUUUGAUAUAUAGAGAUAAAAAAAUGUUGUUUUCAUUUAA